UGAAUAAUAAAUAAGCAAACCCUACUCUUAAAUUUCUUUGGUAACCCAAAUCAACUCCACAACCUCCAACGCCAAGAAAUCGAAUCCAAGAGAUGAUGGAUUCCAUCAACUUCCUCAAAGGCUACGGCAAAGUGAAUCCGGUCGAAGAUCACAAAUCGCCGCCGGCCAAUCCCACUCCCACUCCAAGCCCCAGUCCCCUCAGGAAGCCUGUGAUCGCCGCCCUCUCUCUGAUCACCGUUUUAACGAUCAUCCUCGUCGCCUUCAUCGGAGCUCUCGCGUACGAUUCCCUCACCGAAUCACCCGAAUCCGAGUCCACCGAGUCCGUCUGCUCGGUGACUCAGUUUCCCCAUUCCUGCUUCGCCUCCAUCUCCGCCCUCGACGCCGAGCCCGACCCGGACCCAGAAAUCAUCUUCAACCUCUCCCUCCGGGUCGCCGCGAACGAGCUCCGGAACCUCUCCUCGCUGCCCAAGAUUUUGAUCUCCAAGUCCAACGACCCGAAGACCGAGUCGGCGCUGAGGGACUGCGUGGAACUGUUCGGCGAUGCGCUGAGUGAGCUCAGCAAGUCAGCGGCGGCGAUGCAGGUGGGCGGCGGCGAGAGGAUGCUGACGGCGGCGAAGAUCGGGGACUUGAAGACGUGGAUCAGCGCGGCGAUGAGCGAUCAGGAGACGUGCUUGGAUGGGCUGGAGGAGAUGGGAUCGACGGCUGUGAAUGAGGUGAGGGCGAAGGUGCAGAGAUCGCGAGAGUACAUGAGCAACAGCUUGGCAAUCCUCUCUAACAUGGACGCCCUUCUGGCCAAGUUCAAGCUCACCAUACGCUGAUUGAUUGAUCGAUCGAUCGAUUAAAGCUUCCAUUUUUAAUUUACAUAUAUUAUUAUGGCGUUAAUUUGUAUCCGUCGCUUCUGUCUUUUCAUAAUUUGCAUCCAUCUAUUAUUAUCGUAUCGUAUUUUACUUCCUUUC